AUGAUCAGCCAACUUGCUUUGAUUUGCACUACGGUGGUACUGUGCAUUGAUCAGGGCUUUGCUGCUCGACAGCUGGGCGACAUUGCCCUUCAUGGAAACCUCCAACCAUCGGCAGAAGCAACAGCAGCCUGCGAGGGCCAGAACAAGCAUGAUUGCAAGCACUUCAAGGCCGUGCCCAGCGGUUACAAGUGCGACUGGAUGUACGAGUGCUACAAGGGCGUGCAGAAGAGCAACGAAGCUCCAAAGAGCCACCCCUCCGAGUGUGGAGCUCUGAAGAUGUAUGGUGUUGGCGCGUGCAUUACAGUGAGCUUGGCGCCACCUACGCCACCGAAGCCAAUGACAUCUGAUGAAGAAGCGACCGACGUUCCAAGUGACGAGGGGUCUGAAGAGAUUGAGGAAGAGGAUGAAGAGGAGACAGACUUGCCAGGAACAGUGGAAGAUGAGGUCGCGAAGAUGGAGAAG